UCCAGUGUUUAGGUUUUAUUUUGCAGUCUGUGAGGUGGGUCCAGACGUUUGGGCUGGCUCGGGUUCCGGCUCAUGUUAGGCUCAGCGGGGGAACGGACUGUUGCGUCUGCGGACCAGAGCUGACGAGCCUGCCGCUGUUGCUGCUGCUGCUGCUGCUGCGGAGACACACGGACAGACAGACCGGACCGAGGGGCGGGGAGGGGGGGCGCCCGCCUGUUCUGGGCUCUCUCGACCCUUUGCGGAUCGAGCCGAGCCCCCUCCCGUUUCCACCCAGAACCACCCCCCAACCCGUCCCCUGUCCGGCUCCGGAUGGGGGGAAAGCAGAGCACGGCGGGUCGGCCCCGGGGAGCCUUCCCCGGCGUCUCCUCGGAUGACAGCGCGGUGCCACCCUCGGCCCACUUCGGCCACUACCGGCCGAGCGGCACCACCAUGGGCCUGCGGAGCCGAUCGGUGAGCUCCGUGGCCGGGAUGGGCAUCGACCACAGCCCCGCCGUGCCCUUCGGCUUCUACACCCCCAGAGGGACUGACUCGGAUCGAGCCGGAGGGGGGUCCGGGGGCACCACCGCGGCCCCCCACGGCACGGGCUACCAGGACGGUGUGGGCGGAGGGCAUCAUACGGACGGAGUGCUGUAUCUGGGGUCCCGGGGGUCGCUGGCUGACACCUUGCCCCUGCACAUCGCGCCCCGCUGGUUCAGCGCGCACAGCGGAUUCAAGUGUCCUGUCUGCUCCAAAUCGGUGGCGUCCAAUGAGAUGGAGGUUCAYUUCAUCAUGUGUUUAAGCAAGCCACGCCUCUCGUACAACGAUGAUGUGUUGGCGAGGGAUGCCGGUGAGUGUGUGAUCUGUUUAGAGGAGCUGCAGCAGGGGGACACCAUAGCCAGACUGCCGUGCCUCUGCAUCUACCACAAAAGCUGUAUAGACUCCUGGUUUGAGAUCAAUCGGUCCUGCCCUGAACACCCCUCCGACUGACCGACCACCUGACCUGCUGUGAGUACUGUUCAAGGACCCGUGGUCCUGCCAUGGACAUUCGGACACAGACACAACCAAAUCCAAUGAAACAAUCAAAACCAACAUCACUUUGACGGAAUUCAUUGUCCCUAAAAGAGAACUGUUGUUUGUGAACUGAACCAAAACAAAACGUGUGACGAUGGAACCUCCAUGCAUUAAAGGGCCUCAGUCAAGCCCCUCAUUCUACAUCAGCUGAUGAUACAGCAUCCAACCCUCUUCAGACCCUUAAAGGGCUUCAUCUGCCGCUCCCCGCCCCUCCAACUCAACCGUCGGUCGGUUGAGCCCCAGACAUGCUCAGGUCUUAGCAGGCCUCCCAUCUUGUCUCUGGAUCCAGGCCUGUCUGUCACGUGUGUCCAGCCCUCCCAUGGCCUUAACCGAAGCGACAGGAAGCAGAGCGGAGAACAGGAAACACAAGAGGACGACGGAGGGAGAAGAAAGGGAUGAAAACUGAAGCUCGGCGCGAUGAACAGACUUGUACAUUUUAUUWUWUUUUUUAUUUUCAGCUGGGCUCUCAUCUCUCGCGGCAGAACUGGUGMUGAAGAGGCGCCUCGGGGGCGCGCCCCUCUUUCAGAGCUCCUAUCCUUCCACAGCCGUUUGACUCGUGACGAUGGAUUUUAAAAAGCACCUGAAAUGCUUUUUAAGAUUUGUUUUGUGCACAGCUGAGCAGGAGGAGAGAGAGGGGGGGCCGCUGAAAUAAAGGAGAUGUCAGGAUGUU